UAAUGAGCCCAGCAAUAUUAAUAACACUACUGACUCUCCUGCUGCUGAUUAUCCACCUACUGAAGCACCUUUAGCUGCUCUCGCUUUUCCAAUCACUCUCAUUGCCACAACUGCUGAUUAUCCACCUACUGAAGCACUUUCAGCUGCUGUCGCUUCUCCAGCAACUCUUACUACACCUAUUGCUACAAGUACUAAUAAUAAUAAUGAGUAUAAUAAUAAUAACGAGUAUAACAAUGAUAAUAAUACUACUGACUUUCCUGCUGCUGAUUAUCUACCUACUGAAGCACCUUCAGCUACUGUCACUUCUGCAGCAACUUUUACUACACCCAUUGCCACAAGUACUAACAAUAAUAACGAGCAUAACAAUAAUAACGAUAAUAACGAGCAUAGCGAUAAUAACGA